CCCACCCCCUUACCGUACCUUCAUUCAAAUACUCAAAUGCCUCAUUAAACUCCCUUCCUCUCAAGUCUCAACCCAUUAACUCUUCCCUUCUCUCUCUCUCUCUGCAAAAUGUCGUCUUCUUCCAAACCCAACAAGAAGAAGAUCACUGGAAACACAGUAGUAGUCAACAUAGGCUGUGGGUGUCGAAGGCCAAAGCUCGCCGCUGCGUUCAGGCCAAAACCAAAGCCCAAACCACCUUCUCAUCAAAAUCACCACCACCAUAAACCCAAUCUCUACCGUUCAUCUUCCACCUCCUCCUGCGACAGAAGUGUUGGAAUAUUCUCUAUCAACGACAAGGAUGAUUACACCACCACCUCCUUCUCUCCAUACCUCGACACUACCACUCCUCCCACCCAUUCGGAACCAGAACCAGAACAAGCAGGAGAAGAAGAAGAAACCCAUUUCAAUUCAAACACUAUUAAAGGUGGGUUCGGGAGAAUCGGUGAGAGCGUGGCUGUGGUGAAGGAUUCGGAUGACCCGUAUCUUGAUUUCAGGCAAUCGAUGCUUCAGAUGAUACUGGAGAAGGAGCUUUACAGUAGAGAGGAUCUAAGAGAUCUUCUUGACCGUUUCUUGCAGUUAAAUUCUCCUUAUCACCAUGAGAUCAUAGUCAGAGCUUUCUCAGAGAUCUGGAAUGGGCUUUUCUCUUCUGUAAAGCAAAGGUAUUCAUCAUCAGGUUUAGCCUCUGAUGCCUCUGCUACCUCUCUGAAACCAAGGAGUAAGUCACGUGAGUUUUAGGCUUUGGCACGUGUGUUCCGCACGUUUUUGGAAUCUCUUUUUUCUCUUUUUAUAUAUAGACUUAAUUAGUUUUUGCAGAGUAGAGGUGGGUAAUGGACUAAUGGGUGGAUUGGUGAAAAAUCAUGGUGGGUUUGGAGAUGUAAGUGGUGGUAAGAACUGAGAGUCUGAGAUGGCCAUGGGGUGUGGAGAAUUGGGUUGUGUUUGAUAUACAUUUUGGAGAUAGAUUUUGGGUCUAGAAUGUAUUCUUGAAAUAAGAAUAUAGAGAAAAAUUCAGAAUACAUUUUAGACCCAUAACUUAUUCUGAUAAUGUAAACCAAACACAGUCUUGAGAGUGUGUCCUGAUGACUCAGUGAUGAGAUCAUGUGAGUUCAGGGGGAGGGGGUGGGGGGGGGGGUGCUUUUGGAUGAGUAUUAAUGAGGAGAGUGAUAUGUUUUGUGACUUUACUGUAACACUUUUUCCAAUAUAACAUUUACUUCUUUGCUUCAUGGC